AUGGAUGAUGUUGUUGACCGACUUACAAUGGGACCCAGAAAAGUCAGAAUUGAGCUAGGACAUCAGGGACAAUGUCGUAGAGCCACAACCGAAGUGGGAACUGCGUUGAUCGCUCACUUGUUAAGGCAAUUGGAGAAUGCUAAAGUUGAAAGCUGUGACCGUAUCUCAGUUAACCCUCGUGGCCAGACGCUAUCCCAAGUUGUUUUCAGCAGACUAGACGAUGAAGCUUAUUUGAUUGAGUGACAGCCACAAUUGCUUCACCGCCUUCAGCUAU